AUGGCGCUAGGAAAUCACACCAGGGUUUCAGAAUUUAUUUUCCAAGGACUGACCCAGUCUCGGGAACUGAGCUACGUCUUAUUUGUGCUUUUGUUUCUUUUGUACGUCAUCACUAUUUCAGCUAACCUCCUCAUCAUAGUCACAGUGACUUGGGAAUCUCGUCUCCACCUGCCCAUGUAUUUCUUGCUCCGUAAUCUAUCCAUCCUAGAUAUCUCCUUUUCCUGCAUCACGAUUCCCAAGGUCCUGGUGGAUCUUCUUUCCAAGAGAAAAGCCAUCUCCUUCAAUGGCUGCCUCACUCAGAUAUUUUUCUUCCACCUCCUUGGUGGGGCAGAUAUUUUUUCUCUCUCUGUCAUGGCGUAUGACAGAUACGUGGCAAUCUCGAAGCCCCUGCGCUAUGUAACCAUCAUGAACAAGGGGACGUGUUUUGGGUUGGUGGCUGCUUCCUGGGUGGGGGGAUUUGUGCAUUCCGUGGUCCAGAUUUUUCUGUUGCUGCCAUUACCCUUCUGUGGACCCAACGUCCUAGAUGGUUUCUUCUGUGAUGUCCCCCAGAUACUUAAACUUUCUUGCACCAGUGUCUUCACUACAGAGCUGUUGAUGAUCUCCAACAACGGUAUGAUCACCUCCCUGUGGUUUGUCUUGCUCAUUGGGUCCUACACAGUUAUCUUGGCCAUGCUGAGAUCUCACUCUGGGGAAGGAAAAAAAAAAGCCAUCGCCACCUGCACUUCCCACAUGACAGUGGUCACUCUGCACUUUGUUCCAUGUAUCUACGUCUACGCUCGGCCCUUCACGGCCCUGCCUACGGACACGGCAGUGUCUGUCACCUUAGCCGGAGUUGUCCCCGUCCUGAACCCCAUCAUAUAUACCCUGAGGAACCACGAGAUGAUGCUGGCCAUGAAGAGACUGAAGAAAAGAGUUACACAAUCAGGAAGGGGAAUGAAAAGUACCACUACAGACUUGACAAUACUACUGGUUCAGGAUUUAGUAACUCUUGAAUACUCAACUUUUGAAAACGGAGGCCAGGUCUCACAGCACCCCUAG